GUGCUUCUCAUGUAAUGGGAAGAGAUGAAGAGUUUCAAUCUUUUAUUUUUUAUUUAAUGUAAAGUCAAUGGUUUGUAGUUUCUAUAAGAAAGACUAGUACUAGUUCUCUCAGUCAAAGACCACAAAAUUUUUUUUGUUUUCAGCUGAUCAAACUUAGGAUUUCUUGAGAGAUGGAUGCAAAUAACCGCGACACCUCUACCUCUAGCGCCGAAACCAACCCCGAAAAAGAUGUUAUUAUAGUCAGACAUGAAGACAACUGCAUAGAGGAAAUGAAGCCAAGAAUCGAAGAUGAAGAUAAGACCCUCAAGAUCUCUUCCCCUAAGCAGGAAAUUCCAGUUAUUAACAAAGAGCACAACGAACUUGAAUCUGCAAAAGCUGAGAUGGGUGAAGUGAAAGAAGAAAAUGAAAGAUUAAAGAAGAUGUUGGAACGAGUCGAAAAUGACUACAAAUCAUUGCAAUGGCGGUUCUUUGACAUCCUCCAACACGAACAAUCACCCUCAACAAUAUCGGAAAAUACAAAUCAGCACAAGGAUGAACCUGAAGUUUCACUUUGCCUAGGCUUACAAGUCAAUAACAAGCGCAAGAAGGAUGAUACUAAUAUUAGUAGAUCCUCUAGUAUUGCUAAAGAAGACGCGAAGUUAAUGAGUGAAGGACUUUCCCUGGGACUCGAAUACAAGAGUUCUCCUUCAAUUAAUUUAUCAGAGAAGGGUUCAGAGAGAAGUACAGAGAUGGAUGAUUCAAAAGAAGAUGGUACAGGAGAAACUUGGCCGCCAAGUAAGGUUUUAAAGACGACGACUGAUAGUGCUAAAGAAGAAGAAACUACACAGCCAAACAUCACUAAAAGGGCAAGGGUUUCUGUAAGAGCUAGAUGUGACACACCAACUAUGAAUGAUGGAUGCCAAUGGAGGAAAUAUGGGCAGAAGAUUGCGAAAGGAAAUCCGUGUCCACGAGCUUACUAUCGUUGCACGGUUGCACCAUCAUGUCCAGUUAGAAAACAAGUGCAAAGGUGUUGCGACGACAUGUCUAUCUUAAUAACAACUUACGAAGGGACACACAACCACCCACUUCCAGUAGCAGCCACGGCCAUGGCAUCGACAACCUCAGCAGCAGCAUCAAUUCUCUUGUCCGGCUCAUCAACCUCACAAGGCGGUCUUACUUCCUCAGCUCCCUCAAUGACCUCGGCCAACCUCAACGGACUAAGCUAUACCCUCUACAAUAAUUCAAGGACAGGACAGUUUAAUUUACCUAAUUCUUCUGCACCAACACCACCAACAAUCACCUUAGACCUCACUGCUACUCCUUCCUCGGUUUUUAACAAAAGCCAUACCGCGAAUAACUUUCUCCAAACACCAUCCAAUUACUCUUCUAGAAGCCUCGAUUUCUCUUCUUCAGAUACAAAAAGUACAUUGUUUCCUGUUUCUUGGAGCAAUAACAGCUACCUAAAUUACAGUCUAUUGCCCUCAAAUAAACCUCCUGUUGGGUCCAUAAGUUUCGGAAAAUCUACUUAUGAACCAGUAAGUCAUCUUAAUUCAUUGGACCGUGUUAACAAUCAAGCUUCCACUUCUUCUUCCUCCUCUUCUCAUCAAUUUUUAACUGAGACACUAACCAAGGUACUUACUUCAGACCCGAGUUUUCAGUCUGCAGUAGCUGCUGCAAUUUCUUCCAUGGUAGGAAGCAGUAACAAUAACAUCACAAAUAAUAUAAAUCGAACAAAUAAUGCUGAGUGUUUAACUACUCAAAGCAUGAGAUGGGCGGAUCAAGUUCAAGGUAAUACAGCCAAUUUCUUGCCUCAGAAUGGCAAGGGGUGCGCGCCAACUUACUUAAACAAGCCUACAUCAUCAGCAUCAAACUCGCAAUCCUCAGGAAACUUCAUGCUUUUACAACCUCCGUUUCCUUUUUCCCUUUCAAAGAGUUCUUCACCACAAGAUCACAAAGACUAAGUAAAUAUUGAUUUAUAUUCAACCUCAGUACUAAACUCUUACUUCAUAUUUUUUGUAUCAAUUGUAUCAUUAAAAUUCCAAACACAUUCAAGAAGAAUGAUUAUAGCAGCUUAUUAUAGAUAAUUGAAUGACCAUACUGUAAAUUCAACUUAUUCCAUAUGUAAAUAAUGAGGUGUUUUUUGUUUCCUAUUAAUCACAUUAAUAGUUUGGCUUGUU